UAUGCAUCUUUCAGUAGUUUCAAAAUUUAAAAAACAAUGUGUCAAUGCAUUUAUUUGCAUUAAAAUAGAAUAACACGUAUACGCGAUAUGAUAUAUUAAAACCCGAGGAAAAGAAUGGAGUCGAAAGUAUUCAAACAGAUCGCCUACGAAUUGAAUAAAAGUUCAAAAUUACAAAAGUUGUUCCUGAAAUGGUUGGAUUUGAACAAUACGGAGAAGAAGAUUCUGAACAAUCUCGUUUCGAGCAUAAUUCCUCAUAAUAGGAACUGUUAUUUCCUUUCCAUCAUGAAAGGUUUUCAACUGUGGAAUGAUUUGCAAGAUAAAGAAGGCGCAUGCGGAUUCCACGACAACCCCGCGGAUUACGAAUUUUGCUCGGACGAAGAAAAAUUCUUAUUCAGUAUAGUUUUGAUAAUGAACAUCAUAAUUAAAGAGAUGUUACGUAAAAACAUGAUGCUACGGGAAGUUGAAAACUUUGGUGGAUUUCGAAGCUCGAAAAAAAUCGAAAAUGGUAGCGAAGAAUUGAUCCGGAUGUAACCCAAGAUUACGAUUUUGUUGACCGAUGAGAAAAUAAAAGAUGUAAAUUUGAU